AUGGCGGGCUUUUUCGACAAGUAUUUCUUCGCGAUCGCAGCAACAACACCGCUUCCUCCUAUUGAAGAUGGAGAAGCCACCGAGAACGACAGACUCGCAACUCCUAGGCCUCGUACUCGCACUCGCACUCAAGCUCCUGCUUCUCUGCAGCCCUUCACGAUUCGGCCUACUGUUCUUCCGUCACCUGUUGUCAAGGAGCCGAGCAAAAAGCGCAAGCCCGAUUUCAGCAUCUUCCUCGAUACGGAUGCCGCCAACGACACCUUAAGGUCCAUUUCCACGCCGAAAAGGUCCAGGAUAAGCACCCCACGCACUCCGCUGAGCGACAUGACUUUCUCUACUGCUUCUACUCCAGCGCCGUCUCCCCGUCUUCCUGACACCCCAUUCCCCUUCUCGACUGCCGAUCCCCGCUGGGAGAACACUGAGAACUACAACCCUUACACCAUGACUCCUCCAGCGACGCCACUUGGUCCUCGUCCUACACCGACAACUCCCGCUGGCCCACCGUCUCCGCUAUCCGCACGCGCCCUUCGUCUUCGCCGCGCCCGCGCUUCUUCAUCAGCGAACCUCCUUCCCCCAGUCAACAUGCUGGCCUACAACAUGCUUGGCCUGCAAACCUGGAGAGUCAGCUCCGUCGGCAUCAACCUUGCCUAUCGCAAGACCGCCGCCAUAAGCCAUCCGGACAAGGCCGCUCCCCGGGAGAAGGAGCUCGCAACUCUGGAGAUGCAACAGAUCAACGCUGUCAAGGAGAUGUUGUUGGACAAGGAGAGCCGUACCAAGUACCACAGGGACGGUGUCAUACCCUGGGUCAUCUGA